CACUCCACCUGCUGCUACUCCACCUGCUGCCACUCCACCUGCUGCCACUCCACCUGCUGCCACUCAGAGCAGGCCCCUGACGGCUGCCGGCGUUAACGCUCUGCUGGCACGUGGGAAGCAUUUGUCUCCCUCACAGUUGGCACGAAAAAUUGUUUCUCCAGCCAAACCCUCUCCAGUGCCACGUGUCCCCUCUCCGUCUACAUCCGCUGCCCGCAGACAGCUCUUUAACUGUGACGCUGUUGCUGCUGCUGGGGAUUUUUUUAAGGAGCAAGACGACCAGGAGACGGUGACUGUGGCCUCGCAAGCUGAGGAAAAACUUCCUCAAGAGAAUUAGCACUGAUCCCAGUGUCAGUCUACACUCACUCUUCAAAGCAAAAAGGCGCUGUGGACUCCUGGCCCCGUGUUCCAGCCCCCUGCAGAGCUUCCUGGACACUGGAAGGAGCAUCUUCCAUCUUUCCAGCAGGACUGGAUCCUGAAGGCUUUAUUCAGGGCUAACCCUAAAACAGGGAAGCCAGAGCUGGUGCCACAGCUCACCUCCUGGUGGUCUCCUCCCCAGCCUCCGACCACCUUCACCCAGCCUCCUGCCUCUCCUGAUCUCUUCUUCUGCCGCCCUUUGUUUCUCUGGAUGCCUCUGAAGAUGUUGUCCAUCAUCUGUGUCCAGCCAGCUUGCAAUAGUCACAGGCUGACAGCAGCUGGCCUGUACAGCACUGUGGUCAAGGUGCUGGACAUAGAUGGUGGUAUGAUAUGACCUCAGAGUAUCUAGAAUGCAAAGGGUGCAAGAAGAAGUAUCCGGCCUGGUCAGAGGACAUCCUGGGACAGCUGGACAUCCUGGGACAGCUGGACAUGGGACACAGCAGGAAAUUCUCCGCCCUUCUGACAUACAGCGACUCAUGUGACUACAGAGUGGUCAUCCUGAUGCGGGAGAGAACUCAGGGCAACAGCGUCACGCAGCUUCACAAGAAGCUGCAAGAGGAGCACAGCGCAGCGUGGACCCGCCGCACGCUGGACUACUUUGCUGCCUGUGAGCCCUUCACUGACUCCUGUCUGGUCGAGCCGCCAGUGUUCUCUGCCCCCCCGCCCCUCCCGGCCCUCCCUAAACCCAAGUGGCUUCUGGCUGUGUACGCCAGGGACGUCCUGUCACGGCUGCCUGAGGUAAAGGCCAGAAUAACCUCUGUGUUUGGCUCCGUGCUCAAGAUGGACUCCACCAAAAAGGUUACCAAGAAAGUGGCCGGUGCAGCUGCCAACACAGCUGGGUGGUGCACCAAUGUGGGCAACGAGCACGGCCAGGUUCUGGUGUGGGUCCUGACAGCAGCAGAGGGCCAUGGACUGUGGCCCAUGGCGGCUGGUCUUAUGAGGCGCUACAGGGAGGCAGGAGUGGCGCCUCCUGUCAUAAUGUAUGUGGAGCGGGACUGCUGCAGCCCCCACGGACAGUCACAGGUCAGGGCCAUGUUCGCUGAGUGGAGGGAGCUUCAGGUGCGCCUGGACAUCUGGCACUUCAUGCGGCGUUUUGCAGCAGGAGUCACCACUGAGGCUCAUCAGCUGUAUGGAAUAUUCAUGGCUCGACUGUCCAGUGUCCUGUCUCAAUAAGAUGCCACAAAGAG